UGUUUCUGUGACCCUGAGGACUGUUUGUCUCGACAGGACGAUGGCAGUAACGAUGGAGACGCCCCGAAACCCAUGGAAGGAGGAGGCAGCGAUGAUGAAGAGGAGCAGCGAAAAGGAGGCGGCAGCGAUGAUGAAGAGGAGCAGCGAAAAGGAGGCGGCAGCGAUGAUGAAGAGGAGCAGCGAAGAGGAGGCGGCAGCGAUGAUGAAGAGGAGCAGCGAAGAGGAGGCGGCAGCGAUGAUGAAGAGGAGCAACGAAGAGGAGGAGGCGGCAGCGAUGAAGAAGAGGAGCAGCGAAGAGGAGGCGGCAGCGAUGAAGAGGCUCGUCCUCGACCCGCCGACAGCGACAGCGAAUCCUCUCCUCCGGUGAAACGCAGGAUGAGCGGCUCAGAGGACGAGUCGCCCGCCAAACACACGUCAGAUAACGAGGAGGAGGGCGGGGCGUCGCCUGCCGCCAAACACAGGGCGAGCAGCUCAGACAUGGAGGAGGAAGAGGAGGGCAAGAAGAAGGAGGAGGAAGAGGAGGAGAGGAAGAAAGCAGACAGCGACUCGGAGAACGACAAACACCACAGUGACUCUGAAACAGAGACGCCUGCAAAACGCAAGGCGGCACAGAUAGACUCUGAGGAGGGGGAGGGGGGGGGACACAGCAGGAGGGGGGGGGGGGGGAAGUGGAAGGCUGUCAUGCAGUCUGACAGCGAGGAGGAAGAGGAGGAGGGCAAACAGAAGAAGGAUGGAGAGCAGCAGAAAGACGACAGUGAAGACGAGAAGCCAGUGAAGAGGAAGAAGGCCAUCCUGUCAGACAGCGAGGAGGAAGACGAGGAGAAGACCAACAAACCAGUGAAGAGGAGUCGGGCGAUGUCUGAUGAGGAGAACUCGGACAGAGACGGCCAUGACGACACGUUAGCCAAACUGAGGGAGCUGGGCUCAGACAGCAGUGAUGAAGAGGAGGGGUCAAAGGUCACAGAGGAGAAGAAGGACGAGAAGGCUCUGUUCGGGAGCGACAGCGAAUCAGGAGAGGGCGAGGAGGAGGAGAAGAUGAUCGCUGACAUCUUCGGAGAGUCCGGGGACGAAGAGGAGGAGGAGUUCACCGGCUUCAACCAGGAGGAUCUGGAGGAGAAGAAGGAGGCGCAGGAGGAGCAGCAGCAGGAGGACUCAGACUCUGACGAGGGGGUGGACCGCGGCGGGCAGGACAUGAGCAUGAUGUCAGACUUCGACGUCAUGCUGGCGAAGAGGAAGGCGUUGAACAGCCGGAAGCGCAGAAACCGUGACGGAGGAACGUUCAUCAGCGACGCCGACGACGUGGUCAGCGCCAUGAUCAGCAAGAUGAACGAGGCCGCCGAGGAGGACCGCACUCUGAACGCUCUGAAGAAGCCGGCGUUAAAGAAACUCACGCUGCUGCCACACGUGAUCCUGCACCUGAGGAAACAGGACUUGAAGGAGACGUUCAUCGACAGCGGCGUGAUGUCGGCCAUCAAAGAGUGGAUCAGUCCUCUUCCAGAUAAAUCUCUCCCUGCUCUGAGGAUCCGAGGAGAGCUGCUGCGCAUCCUGCAGGAGCUGCCCAGUGUGAGUCAGGAGACUCUGAAGCACAGCGGCAUCGGGCGCUCCGUCAUGUUCCUCUACAAACACCCCAAAGAGUCCAGAGCCAACAAAGACCUCGCCCUCAAACUCAUCAAUGAGUGGUCUCGGCCCAUCUUCGGCCUCACGUCGAACUACAAAGCAAUGACGAGAGAGGAGAGGCAGCAGAGAGACCUGGACCAGCAGAUGCCUCAGAAACAGAGACUCAGCUCGGGGGGGCAGACGCCUCGCAGAGACCUGGAGAAACAGCUGACCGGAGAGGAGAAAGCUCUGAGACCAGGAGACCCCGGGUUCUGCGCCCGCGCCCGCGUGCCCAUGCCCUCCAACAAGGACUACGUGGUGAGACCCAAGUGGAACAUCGAGAUGGAGUCAAACAGGCUCGGCCCCCUGAAGAAGGGGAUGUCUCGCGUUGAUAAACAGAUGAGGAGGAUCGCAGAUAUUCGACGCAUGACGAAGCCGGGCCACGCUGUGAAGAUCAGCGUUCAGGGGAACCACAUGCCGCUCUGAUUUUAGAUCCUUAGCGUUUAGUAUUCUUUAUUUUGUAUGUGUUUGAAUAUCCCCAAUUAUCUCCUGCUGCUCCUCCUGAGGUCAAAUCACAGAGAACAAGUGAUGAAACAUUCAGAGUGGAUUCCAAAAUGAUCCUCAGAAUCAGAGAUAGCUCGAUGCUAACAUAACGGGUUCAUUUAAUGUUCCAAUAUUAGCUUAUGUUAGCAGUUAGCUCCAAUGCUCUAGCUCUAAGGUAAUGUUAGCCGCUAGCUACAUUAGCUUCAGCUCUGUAAGUAAUCUUUUCAAGUUAGCAUACUAAUGUUAGCACACUAGCAUCAUUAGCCCAAGCUAGGAGUUAACUACUGUUAGCUCACUAGCUACAUUAGCCCAAGCUAAGCGUUAACUAAUGUUAGCACACUAGCUACAUUAGCCCAAGCUAGGAGUUAACUAAUAUUAGCACACUAUCAUCAUUAGCUUAAGCUAGGAGGUAACUAAUGUUAGCACACUAGCUACAUUAGCUAAAGCUAGGAGUUCAAUAAUGUUAGCACACUAGCAUCAUUAGCUCAAACUAUGUUAGCACACUAGCAUCAUUAGCUCAAACUGUUAGCACACUAGCAUCAUUAGCUCAAGCUAUGUUAGCAGACUAGCAUCAAUAGCUCAAGCUUGGAGUAAUAUUAUCAGUUAGCUACAUCAGGUUGAGCUCUAAAUAUACUAAUGUUAACAUAUUAGCUUCACUAGCUCCAAAGUAAAUGUUAGCAUCGUUAGCCACGUUAGCUCUAUAUUUUUAAAGGUUCAAUCUUGUUUUAAGGGAAUACAACUUUAAAAAGUCGAUUAAGGGCAGAAAUAAAGAGAUUUCUCCGUGAAGCUGGUUUUAAAGUGAGAAACCUUGGAUAACAACAAGCCUUUAGGGAUCACUUGUAUCCGCCCACCUUCAGGUUGAUAAAUCAAGUGAAAGUGACGUCGAGCCUCACUAAAGUGCCUCUGAUGACGUUACCUCAUGACGAUACUGCUGAUUGAAUACCUGUGAUUGUUGAUUUAGAAACAGAUAAUGAGGAUCAUUUCGGGACAUUUUGAGUUUUUAUAUCCUUCAUUUUUCUCUAAACUUUUCUAACGUUGGAUUUGAAAACAAUUUAUUUUCCCUGACGCUGGUUUUUUGUUUUGUUUCUGAAAGAGAAGGCGUUGCUCCUUUUUGUCCCUCCUCUGCUGCCGUAGCGUCUGUACAGAAGUCUGAAAGCUGUUCUGAUCAGGUGAAACUUUUCUUAAUAAAAACUCAGAAACUCA